CAUUUUUAGGGACCGCUCUUGAACGGGAAACAUUUCCGUCCGGUUGACGAUAUACCUGGGGGGCGCCAUCCCGGGGCUCCGCUGCUGGCUUCAACUUGAUUUUUGUUAAGGACAGUUCAGUUGUAUUUAACAUUUAAGAACCAUGGAAUGCAUUUAGAAGUGUUCAUUUUCCAGAAUGUGUUCGUGUAAAGGUGGUGGAACAGUGGGCGACCGGUUCGCACAGCUGCCUCACAGUUGUGAGGUCGCGGGUUCCAAUCCUGCCCGUGCCUGCGUGGCUUUUCUGCGGGCACUCCGCUUUCCUCCCACAUCCCCAAAUCAUGCACGCUAGUUGAAUUGAAGACUCUAAAUCGUCGUGAGUGCGAACGGUCGUUUGUUUCCAUGUGCCCUGCGUUUGGCUGGCGACCGGUUCAGGGCGUGCCCCGCCUCUCGUCCGGAGUCGGCAGGGAUGGGCGCCAGCGACAGAAAAUGGGUGGAGGGAUGUUUAGGUAAACCUUUUGUUUAACUAUAUUUUGAAAUACAUUUUAAUUGACUAAGAAUGUGAGUACAGCUUUUAAAUGUCCCAGCAGUUCUAAUGGUCAAACUGUAUCAUUCCAAUGACGUCAUUUUCCAGCUGUCAAAGGUUUGAGAACCACUCUACUCAAUGAAAACAUGGAAGUAAUAUGAGAACUAAAAUUGUGCUGUACUGUACUGUAGGUCAUGAACGUGAUUUCUUUUUUGUUCCAAUGUGGACGUGAAGAACACCGGCGGUCGUGUCGUGACCGUUGAAGCGUUCUCGAACUUUCUGAGGCUCUGCUGCCCUCUGCAGGACAGCGUGUGCGCGUGCGCAUCCAUUGCAAAAGCGCAGCCUUUGAUUUGAAUCGGAAUUUUGAAACGUGCGCAUGCGCGGGGGCGACGGCGGCUGCGAACCGGGACGUUUGUCGACGCGAAGAGCGCGGCGGACCAACUUUGGCCGACUUGAACUUUUGCUUCCACGGCCAGGAGUCGCUCACUUCCCGUCGCCGUCGUCGUCGUCCUCGCUGAGCGCGAGCCCCGAGGAGGGCGGAGGCGAUUCAUGUGACCAGAAGGGGCGGCGCAUCAUCAUGGCGCCGACGUACCUGGACCGCGUGGUCUCGGAGAUCAUCGAGACCGAGAGGACGUACGUCAGAGACCUGCGGAUGAUCGUGGAGGACUACCUGGCGCACAUCAUCGACCGGGCGGACCCGAGCGUCCGCCCGGAGCAGGUCUGCUUCCUCUUCGGCAACAUCGAGGACAUUUACGAGUUCAACAGCGAGCUGCUUCAGGAUCUGGACCUGUGCCGGCGGGACGCGGUGGCGGUGGCCAGGUGCUUCGUCACGAAGAGCGAGUACUUUGACAUCUACACUCAGUAUUGCACCAACUACCCGAACUCGGUGGCGGCGCUGACCGACUGCAUGCAGGACAAAAGCCUGGCCGUCUUCUUCCGGGAGCGCCAGGCCGCCCUGAAGCGGCCGCUGCCUUUGGGCUCGUACCUGCUCAAACCCGUCCAGAGGAUCCUCAAGUACCACCUGCUGCUCCAGGAGAUCGCCAAGCACUUCGACCCCCAGGAGGAAGGCUACGAGGUGGUGGAGGAGGCCAUCGUCACCAUGACGAGCGUGGCCUGGUACAUCAACGACAUGAAGCGCAAACACGAGCACGCCGUCAGACUGCAGGAGGUUCAGUCGCUGCUGCUGCACUGGAAAGGUCCGGACCUGACCACGUACGGCGAGCUGGUCCUGGAGGGAACCUUCAAGGUCCACCGGGCCAAAAACGAGCGAACGCUCUUCCUUUUGGAGCGCGUGCUGCUCAUCACCAAACGCCGCGGCGAGCACUACGUGUACAAGGAGCACAUCUCGUGCUCCGCGCUGAUGCUGAUCGAGAUCACCAAAGACAGUCUGAGCUUCAGCGUGACUCACUACAAACAACCCAAGCGGCCGCACACCGUGCAGGCCAAAUCCGUGGAGGAGAAGAAGAUGUGGGCCCAACACAUCAAACGCAUCAUUCUGGAAAACCACCACGAUAUCAUCCCGCAGAAGGCCAAAGACACCAUCUUGAAUCCCAGAUAUCCUACCGGGCAUCGCUACUGCCCGGAGAGGCUCAAGAAAGUUCCGUGCUGUUCGCCCGACGAGUUUCCACGUCAACGCUCGGCAGACGCGAACGAGAGAAUUGAGUCGAGCGCCAAAGGGCAAGUGGGCGCGGUCGCCAAGGAGAUGGAGAGAAGCGACGUUUCCUUCAACGAUUCCAAUGAAGAAAGUGGCCUCGGUGAAGAGGAGGAGCCUGUAGGACCCGAAGCAGCUUGUGAGCAGGAAUCCAUCCUUGCUUUGCAGCUGUCCACAGAAGAGGAAGCGUUAGGUUCUCUACUUCCUCCAGAGUCCUGCCCAUUGUCUGAGCGAGCCGGAUCAGAGGACCUGAAACCUGCCCAAGUCCCUGUGUGCGCAGAGGACCCAUUGUCCGCCACCCCAGAGUCAGAAUCUAAACCCGGAAGUAGCGGAGAAUCCUCUGAAGACGAGGAUGGCGAGAAGGAAGCAGAUGGAAACGGCAGCAUUCUUCCUUCGUCCGUCCUGGAUAAAGCGGGCACUAUCGCAGAGCACUUUAGCAGCGUGAAGCGAGGCGCUCCGGGCCAGGAUGACGUCUGCUCUCCGGGAGCUUCGCCACGGUUACCCGUCGCGACCAGAGGUCACCUCGGUUUCAGUGCCAAACACGCCGGACCCGGACCGUCUUCGCCGCUCAACAGCGUCGGCUCGGAUCUGAGCGAAGCCGACCGGAUGCUCCUGUCUCCUCGGGGCGACGCUCGCUUUGACGAGGACAGCGGUGUUCUGCGAAGGCGAGACUCAACCCUCUCCAGUCAGGACCAACUUCUCAUCGGGAAGAUCAAGAUGUACUACGAGAAAGCAGAGAACCAGGAAGCCGGCUUCGGCCUCCGGCGUAGAGAGAGUCUGACGUACAUCCCGGCAGGCCUCGUGAAAACGUCGGUCAGCCGCCUUAACAGCAUCCCCGCCCAGACCGAGCCCUUGCCCCCAGCUGUGGACUCCAGUUCGCUGCCAUCAGAUUCCAAAGGUCGCAUGGUCUCCAGUGACUCUUUGGAUGGUCAGAGAAGCGCAGGUCUCCAAAAUUCUGGGUUGCUUGUGAAAGGGUUCUCCCGGUCCAGAGCGCAAAGGCAACAGAACGCAGAGGAUGAAGACUUCAGACCUUCCAGCGAAAUGCUCAAAGUCUGGCAAGCGAUGGAAAAGCAACUCGGCAGGACUAUCUGCCUUUCCGACGUUACGAACAAAAGACUUCAAAAGGAGGGAGCUGAGCUGGACCUGGACUCCAUCUCACGGGAGACCGUUGCGGCUUCAUCCCUCAGAGACAAAGGCAACAACAGGACCCGCACAGCAAGCUUGACCGUUCCUCCCGGUGUGCUCAGAGCUCAGCUUCCUCAAGGCGCCCAACUUGGAACACACACCGUAGACGAGGACGAGAAACUGACAGAUGACAAAGCGGACAGCAAGGUCCGCUAUCUCGCACGUCAGUACAGCCAGAGCCUCAAAAGCGUCACACCGCUUGUCAGACGGCGAAGUUACGGAAGCCUGGCGGACAAGCGGACCCUGGCCUGCGUGCUGGAGGAAAGCCCAGACAGCGGUCCCAGUCCAACUCUGCCAGCCGCCGCUCCCGUGGAUCAGGUGCCGCCGCGGAGUCCCGAGCCCGCCGGCGUCUCUCCGGGUCAGAGUCGCUCUCGCAGUCCCGCCGGCGCCAUCUGUGCACCUCAGUCCGCCGAGGGCUUCGACUGGCCCGACGUGCGAGAACUGCGGUCCAAGUACUCGGACGGGAGCGGGUCUAACGCGGCGAGCCGGAGUUCCUCCGUCCCGGAGCAAAUGUUUGACGUCGGGUCGAGCGGGCGUUCCUUGAGCGACGCUGCGCCUCGUCGGCCCUAUGCCGCCUGGACCUCCGGCCGCCUUAAAUCCCACAAGGGGCUCCACGGAGCACAUUCUCUGGACCCUUGGCUUAGCGGCGCCCUCGUGCGUGAGACCCGAGGGCAGCGGGCCGCUAACGACACUGCUGAUCACGUUACGCGAGAAAAGUUCCCUCGGCGGCAGCUCUUGGUCACCGGGAAGCUUUCGCCAGAAGCCGAACCGGAACCAGCUGAGGCAAUCGAUGACGACGACGACGACGACGCUUACGUUGAGAUCCGCUCUCCGACCAGUCGGGAGAAGAUUUCCAUCUUGGCCGUCAUGGACCGCUGCCGGGCCUACCAGGAGUCGGACGAGUACAAACAGAGAAGUCAACUUGCUAAGUCUCCAGACGGAGACCAAUCCCAAACUGCUGGAGAUCACCUCAAAACCGCCGGAGACCACUUCCAAACCUCGGCUGCUACUGGACAGCACAACUUAGUGAAAAAUCUCAGACAAAAGUUCCAGAAGCUCAACUCCUAAAACGCAGAAAAUGAGAAUUCAUAUGGAAUGCCGUUGGAGCAUUUAUUCCAUACCCUACUAGUGUGUCGAAUUGUCCAUGUACUAGUACAUUCUUUGUCCUCGCUCGUUAGACAACUCAGUGCACCACCCUAGUAACAUUUUUACCAGUACUAGUGCCCCUGUUUUUCUACUAGUACACAAUUAACUCUUACCAGUAAACUACUGUGCUACACUAUUAACACUACUAGACCCAACUGGUAGGCCUGUGUCACGCACUAGUAGCCUCCUUAUCAAGAAUAUCCAGCUUAAGGUCCAUGUACCAUUUUGGCAUACUUAUAGGACAACUACAUGUUAGCUAGUGAGGCCAAAACUGUGCACUAGUUGAUAUCUGUGUGCUACUAGUGCUAACUGUUCAUUUCAGAUCAUUUCACUGCUAGCACUAGUAAUACUAGUAGCACAGUUUUGCCUCACUAGUAACAUGUUGUCAUUCCACUAGUGUGAAUGUGCUAGUACAUGCACUAGUGCACUAGUAGGAUAAAUCUAUCAGUCAAAGAAACGCUGGAGAUUGAUGUCAUGUGACCUUGCUUCAAGGGGCAGGUCACGUGAUGGUCUGCGAACCGUCUCCGUGGCAACAACAAACAAGUCCAUUAACUCCGUCGAAGUUGGUUUUCUGAUUCAAAUGAGUGAUUUUAUAGUGAUUGAUUCGAAACACGCUCUUCGUUUGAGUACUCUGUCGUAAUAUUUAAUGUCACAACUAUUGUAUUGUAUUGUAUUGUGUAUUGUGUACAGCACUUCAACAUUUAUUGGAGAAAUAAAACACUGGCUGGCCUCCUGGGCUGUGGACAAAUCAA